AAACUAGUAAAAAGUUUCGAAACAUGGGAACAAACGAGAAACAGUUCUUUGGUCCUUUGACUUUGCAUCAAAAAAGUGAAAAACCAUCAAUUUUUAAGUGCGAUAAACCAACAGAAUGUUCUUGUGUUUUAUGUGAUGAAAUAUUCGUAUUACCGUCCUCUGAACAACAAUUCCUAACGCACUUGUUCAUGGAACAUCGACUGGUUAUCGCAGAUGUGAAUGAAAUUGCCGAUUUGAGAGAUUAUAUGAAGUAUUGGAAGCUAAGAUUCAAAGAUCAAAAUUUACCAUACUUUUGUACGACAAUGCUUCUUGAUAACAAACCAGAUGGUACAAAAUCUAAAAACGAGGAAUACUUUCUUUUAAGUGAUAUUUUACCUGAGGAUAAAGAACUACGACAAAACCUUAGACAGAACAAGUUAGAGACAUUGUUAGAAAGACACGCUUUUGAAAGAGAAGAUAAAAAUUAUUCAAAGGAGUGCCUCUUUUGUCGACAUGUUUCAAAUGGCACACGAGCGACUUAUUUGAAUCAUUUAUAUGAAAAACAUAAUUUUCAUAUUGCUAAACCUGAUAAUUUAAUAUUUGUAGAUGACCUAGUUGAUUUAAUAGCUUCAAAAUUAGAAAAACUUCAGUGCAUCUAUUGUGAAGGACUAUUUAAGGAUCGGACAAUUUUAAAAGAACAUAUGAGAAAGAAAGGACACAAAAGAAUAAACCCAGCUAAUAAGGAAUAUGACAAAUUCUUUCUAGUCAAUUACGUAGGUGAUAAGCAACCAGUGUCGAAACCUAAAUAUAACCAACCAAGUACUUCUAAAUACAAAAAUAAUUUCAAAAGAGAGGAUUAUGAUCGUGAUUCCAAUGUCGACAGUGAUCCGGACUGGUCAGAAUGGACCGACGAAAACGGACCAUUAAUUACGUGUCUUCUUUGUGACCAAACUGAAAUGGAAUAUGAAAAUAUCCUAGACCAUAUGGAAAAGAAACAUGAAUUUUCAUUCACAAAAGCAACGGUAGGGCUAAAUUUUUAUCAUAAAAUUAAAAUUGUCAAUUAUAUCCGACGUCAAAUACACUUAAAGCAAUGUCUAUCUUGUGAAACAAAGUUUGAUGACUCUAAGAAUUUAGAAAAACAUUUGAAGGAAAUGAAACAUUGGGAGUUGCAUAAAGAAAAAUGGGAUCAGCCUGAAUAUUAUUUCCCAACAUACGAAGAUGAUUUAUUUCUGUGUUUCAUUCAUGAUGAGGAUGAAAGUUGGUGGUCAACUGAUGAACAAGAAACUGAAAAGCAGGAUAAUAAUCGGUCUGAUGAUAUAUCAAAAGCAAUGGCGAUGUCUGUUCUUAAUGACUGAAUAAAAAAUAUUUUAUUUAAAAUCACAAUAACUAUAUAUUGAGUGAGUAUUUAGAUAAAUAUUUAAAUAUAUUCUAUCUUUAUAAUGGACUUAACUGUUUGUCUUUUGUGUAUUGUAAUAAAUUUGAUAAAAGCAAUAUAAUCUGUAAUUAUAUAAGUAGAAUGUAAUUAUUGCAUCAGUGCUUUACGGUAAAGACUUAAGACAAC